UCAGGACCUUACAGCUACAAAGAGCUGGUCCACAUCAUAGAGAAAUCUUGCCCAAUUUGUCGCAAGCUCUCACUCUCCUCUACUUGUGUGAGUUCAUUAUUGAGCUGGAAUCUCUGAAAGUUGCAGACAAUCUCUUCUGUAAACUUAAUCACCAUACUUCUCUGAAGAGAAGAUGGUAACAGCCUCGAUCACAAGCUGUUGCUCCUUAUGGAGAACUCACCAGCAACUUAAUCCUCGUCAUCGUCAUAUGGUGGUUCAUUCUUCAUCUGAUAAAUCCAAGGUUUCAGCAGUUCCGAGAGAAAACGGGUUUGUAGAUGAGCAGAGUGAGAGUUCUUCUGGGUUUCUGAAGAGAAGGCAAGCUCUAGUUUCUGGGAUUUGUUUGAUUUCUUCAGCUGUUCUGGGUUUUCCAAGGGAAGGAGCUGCAGCUAUCAAACAAGGCCCUCUGGCAGGAAGGAUUCCUGGUCUCUCUGAACCAGAUGAACAAGACAGGUUGGAGGACGUACCGCAGACCAGAUGAGAAGUCUGGAGGGCAUGGCGUUGGAUGGAGUCCUAUUAUCCCUUACUUGUUCUCGGUGCCUGAAGAUUGGGGAGAGGUUCCUGUCUCCAUUGCAGAUUUAGGUGGAACAGAGAUUGACUUGAGAUUUGCUAGUCCCAAGGAAGGCCGCCUUUUUGUCAUUGUCGCUCCCGUCCUCAGAUUCGCAGACAAUCUUGGAGACGAUGCUAAAAUAGAACGAAUUGGACCACCGGAGAAAGUCAUCAGUGCAUUCGGGCCAGAAGUUAUUGGAGAGAAUGUGGAAGGGAAGGUGAUAAGUAUGGAGGUAACCGAACACUCGGGAAGAAAAUAUUACCAGUUCGAGCUGGAACCCCCUCAUGCUCUUAUCACUGCAACAGCGGCAGGGAAUCGCCUUUAUUUGUUCAAUAUAACUGCAAAUGGUCUUCAAUGGAAGAGGCACUAUAACGAUUUGAAGAAGAUAGCCGAUUCUUUCCGGGUUGUUUGAUUUUGCAAAUGAUCUCCAAAUUGAGGUAGCAAACUUCCUAUAGCGUAAUUAAUACACUGCAAAAACAAAAUGUUAUAUGAAUGCCCCAAUUGGGGUUCAUUUUAGAAGAAUGUGAUCUUGUUUUCUGUCACAAGAAUCGCAAAACAUUUCUCGGCUAAUUUCCUCUGCAAUUGAUUCCUCUUGAGAAUUA